CAGACAGACACAUUAAUUAAUGCACACACAGGGUCAUUCAUGUCAACAGGGAGGAGGCCCAGCUGUGUGUGCACUUCAGUGCAGUGUGUGUGCGUGAGGGUGGGCGUGUGCCAUGCACUCCUGCACACGCGCACCCUCUCACACACACACACACAGGAGGUCUAAGCAGGAAGGCCGGCAACAGGAGGCAUGCAGCAGGACCUCAACUCUAGCGGCUCAGAUCUUGCUGGCUGCUGCUGCUGCCGCUGCUCUCAUUUCUAGCCUUGCCCUCCAGCAGCUGCAGCGCCACCGUGUUGAAGUGCAGCACAUCCUAACACACACACACACACACAUUAGCAUCGCAGACAGACUUACACACAGCGCGUUGUUUGUUCUUUACCCGUUCUUUGAUGAGCAGAGGCCGCAGAGUGUCCCGCAGCCUCAGCAGGAGGGGGCGGUGCGCUGACGAGGUCACGAGCUGCCUCGUGUGCAGCUGCACGAGCAGCAGGGCCGUCUGGCUGAGACGCUCCACACACACAUAGCCUCCACCUGCACACACACACACACAGACAGACAGACCGAGGGCCGCCCACCGACCCAUAAUAUCGAUGGCCUCGGCAAUGGCGGCAAUAAACUGCAUGAGCCUCAGGGCAUAGGAGAAGGGCAUCGACAAGAGCACCUCAUACAGCAGCGGGGCCGGCACCUGCUGCACCGCCCACAAGACGUGCUCGUGGGCCGUCCGCCCGGCCAGCUCGGGCUUGCUGCUGCUGCCGCCGCCCAUUGUCUCGUCUCCUUGUUCUUGCUGCUGGUCGGUGAGGGCCUCGGUGGCCUCGUCGAUGACCUCCAUGAGCCGCUCGGCUGUCCGGACGCUGUCGAGGGUGCGCUUGGUGGGCCGAAUGAGGGUGACCUCCUCUCCCCCUCCAGCCGCUGUGUCCAUGUCUGCACACACACACACACACAGAGGGAGAGAGAGUGGCGUGUGUGUGUGUGUCUGCCACUGCACUGACCGUCUCGCGUGUAAGCGUCUUGUUCCAUCCGCUGCUCCAGCUCCCUCUCUCUCUCCUCCUCGAGAAACAGCUGCUCCGACGUCCGACGCCACAGCCGAAUGCCGCCGUCCUCCCCUUAACACACACACACACAGACAUGGGUGGGUGGAUCCCCGUGUGCAGAAAAGUGUGUGUAAUGCUCUGUGUGUGUGCCUGCGGUGAAGAAGAAGGCGGCGUCGAGGCUGAGAGCCACACACGUGACGGCCGAGCCCCCGCUCAUCAGCUGGGUGAUGAGCUCACGCGCAUCGCCGUCCCUAUGGACAUACACACACACAUAGAGGGAGAGGGAGGCGUACACACACAGCCAGGCACACUCACACACACGGGGCUAGCAAGGGUCACAGACCAGAUUUUGACGCAGCCGUCGCGCCCAGUGGUGACGAAGUAGUGGGUGUCGGGGAGAAACCGGGCCUACAACGUCCCCCCCAACACACACAUCCAUCCAUCCAUCCAUCCGUGUGUGUGUGUGUGUGUAUAGUCACUUUGGUGACGGCCUGUGUGUGGGCUCUGAAGGACGUGUGGCAGUCGCCGAAGUCCAUCCCCCACAGCUUGACGCUCUUGUCGGCCGAAGCGCUCACCAGCAAGGUGCUGUCUGCACACACACACACACACACGCACACAUCCGUCCCUUCCCCUCUCUCUCUCUCUGUGCGUGUGUGUGUGUACCAGUGCUUAUGUCGAGUGCAGUGAUGGGCAGCUUGUGGCCAUAGAGGGUGACGAAAGGCUUCACUGAGGGGCCUGGGUUCAGGUAGUAGAUCUGUGUCGUCGAGUCGAGCAGACCCACAGCGAGGAACUUGCAAGAGGGGGAAUACUGCCACACACACACAGAUGCGAACACACACAUCAGAGUGUGUGUGUGUGUGUGCACCUCUCUCUCUCUCCCUCUCUCUCUCUCUCUCUGUGUGUGUGUCGGGGGAGAGCUUACCCUCACACACAUGCCCUCGUCAUUGAGCUCGUGUGCCAUCGUGUCCACGAAAGCGACCGUCUCCGUCUCAACACCAACACCCUCUCCCUCCUCUCCCCCUGUGGGCGUGGUGCGCUUCUUGACGUAGAACUUGUAGAGCUUGAGCACCUUGUCGCUGCCCACUGAGGCGAACCUGCACACUCACACAAACACUCGUACACACACUAACACUCACACACACUCACACACACACACACGAGAAGACGCCCGUACCCGGUAUGAUGUGGGUGUGGGGCAAUGUCCUGCACCGCCGCACCGUGCGCCUUGUCCAUCUGUAAAGCGUCCAUCGAGGCCAGGUCAUAGAGAGCGACGCUGCCGUCCUUCAGCCCAACCACUAUGUGGUCGUUUCCUACACACACACACACACACACACACAGGCACAGACAUGCGGGCAGAGGGAGGGGGAGAGGUAUGUGGUGUGAUGUGUACCUGCCACAAAGAUGGCACAGAGGCCGAUCUGGCUGGCAGUGGGCAGCUGCAUCGUCCGCACGGGCCGCAUUGUGCGCGUGGUCCAGACCUUCGCACUCUACACACAUACAAACACACACACAGAGAGAGAGAGAGAGCAGCAUGUGUCUGUCUGUCUGUCUGUCUGUGCGUGUGUGAGGGAGAGGGGAGUGAGGGGUACAUACCUGUUUGGCAAUGGACAGGAGGAGGCCGUCGUCAUGGCUGACGGCGAGCACAUUGGGGGCGGCGCUGGUGGCGUGGCCGCUGCUGGACAGGUCGCACACCACAGGGGCCGCCAAGGCAUACCUGUCCACACACACACACACACAAACACACACAAUUGUCCACUAUCCUCUGUCUCUCGCUGUGAGUGUGUGUGCUUCACACUUGAGGGAAGGUGACACAGAGGGGUAGGGGUGGAGGAUGUCUGCUGCUGCUGCUGCUGCUGCCGAUGUUGGGCUGGCCUCGCCAUCCUGCUCUUCUUCUCGCUUGACUUCGGCCGUCUCUCUCUCUUCCAGAGAGCCGUGGACCUGCAAACUCCGCACACACGACACACACACACACACACACACGAGCAAGACAUCCAUCCAUCCAUCUGUGUGUGUGUGUGUCGGUGGGCUGUGUGUGGGUAUUGGUUUGCUUGCCUGCAGCCUGCGCAGCUCGAUGGUGUUGUUGUGCAAGCCCAGCAGCAGGUGGUGGUCGCGGAGGUCGACCGACGCCACUCGCUGCCUGACGUGGAACUCACCCAAGGCGCUCAGCUCGUCGCUGACGGCGUACGCCCUCUCCUUCUCGCUCUCCGUCUCCUCAACCCCCUCACCCUCUCCCCAGUCGUCACCUGCACACACACACACACACGCACGCACACAAAGAGAGAGAGAGAGAGAGAGAGGGGAUGUCUACAGUGAAGGCUGACAACCAGAAACGCGCCGAAACAGCGCGUUAACUGGCGGCUCACCUCUUUCGCCGCCCCGUUUUGCCCUUUUCUCCCUGGCCCGCUUCAGCCGCCGUCUCUUCCUCUUCGCCUGCUCCUCCGCCGAGUGCACUCGAAACACCUCCAGCCGCUUGCUCGGCUGCGCGUGGCACAGCACCAUCCCCCCUCCCUCUCCCUCUCUCGGUGGGGGGAUGCACAGAAUGCCCACCACACGGCCGGCCUUCUCUCCUUCUGUGGCUGUGGAGGCUUGUCGCUUCAAUGCACCGAGGUAGGACGCUGUGAGGGGCAUGUGUGUGACGGGGUCUCUCGGGGUGGGGGCGUCGGUGGCGGGGUCAUCUUGGUCGUCACGAUGGUGCAGCCGCCAAAGCCGUAGGAAAUGGUCGUCAGAUCCCGCAAAGAGCCGGUGCUGAAAUGAGAGAGUGAUGUACACGUGACUGCCUCUCUCUCUCUCCCUCUCUCUCUCUCUCUGUGUGUGUGUGUGUGUGAUACCUCUCGUGUGUCGACGGCGAUGCUCCAGACGCUCCCCUUGUGUUCGACCAACGUCUGGAGGCAGCUCUGUGUGCCCAUGUCCCACAGCUUGAUCAGCCCGUCCUUGGACCCGCUCACCAGCACAAAAGGCUCGCUCAGCGGCUCAUCUACACACACACACACACACACGCAGAGAGAGAGAGAGAGAGAGAGACAACAAUACAAGCCACACACACAGCCGCCGAGCAACACAAUGCCAUCCUCUGUGUGUGUGUGUGUGUGUGUGUACCUACCGUCAUUCUGGUGCAGGAAGGCGAUGGCCGUGACCUGAUCCCUGUGCCCUCUCAACCGGAACAGCCCCCGCUGACCGACGACGUCCCACACAUUCACGUCGGUGUCAUUGCCGCCUGUCACCACAAGCGCGCCUGUCCGACUGCACACACACAUGAGGGAGAAUGAGAACAUUUCUCCAUCUCGCAGCGACCCUCCCCACACACACACACACCUGGCAGCGACCACACUGACACCCUUCUUGUGCCCGUGGAGCGUCAGCACAGGCGCCUUAUCGGCAGGCCGCGCCACUCUCCGCCGGUCGCCCCCCUCCGCUUCUCUCUCCCUCUUGUCAAUGUUGGUGUCGUCAUGGCGCCACUCCCACAGCCGCAGGGCGCCGUCAGUGUAGCCGGCAGCUAUGCAGAUGGUGUGACACACAGAGGAGGAGGGGGAGGGAGAGGCAGGAGGCAGCAGGGCCAGGCAUGUCACCUACACACACACACACACACAUACAGAGAGAGAGAGAGAGAGAGGGGACCAUCAAUGCGUCAAACCACCCAUCUCUGUGUGUAUGUCUGUAUGCGUCACCUGUUGUGCAGCGGGCUCCCUCGAGCCAGAGUCGCCGUGUGUAUUCGUCGGCACGGUCAGCUUCGCCGCCAAAGCGCCCUGACGCAGAUGCCAUAUCGCCACGGCCUCGUGGCAUCCUGACAAUCACACCCACCCACCCACCCAUCCAUCAAUCCAUCCAUCCAUGUGUGUGUGGCAUGCGUGCGCGCGUGUGUGCGUGUGUGUGUGCCUGUAACAGCGUAUUUGCCGGAUGCGUCGAGGAGCACGUUGCAGUCCCUGGCAGUGACGAGGCCGAACACGUCCACGUACUCGUAACGCAGAUACGCCUUCACCAUGAUGCACACACGCCGCGCCAGGCUGCUCGUGAGCCUCUCAGAG